UCUCUGAAGCACAGCUUGGCAGUUCAUUUUAAGUCAAAAUGAAGGACGACUGUCGACAGAAUCAUGGGUUUAGUGGACAAGAACGUCCAUUAAACUGUUACAGAAAAUUUUCCUUUGAACACACAAAUCAUUUGCACUGAGAGUUGAUUCCAAACAAUUUUUUUUUUUACAGAAAGAUGGUCUCAUUUCACUUUGAUGCAGCUAAGGAAGGCGCCUGUCCAGCACGCAUACAAGCAUGGCCGUGUGGACUACAGACUUAUUCCGUGACCCAUUUUGACUCCUGGUAAAUAUGCCACACACAUCAUACCAAGCCGCGUACAAAGAUGCUGAAACCCGGUGACCCCAGCGGAUCUGCCUUCCUAAAAGUGGACCCGACCUACAUCCAGCACUGGCAACAGCUUUUCCCCCAGAACCAAAUAAAGAACGGAGCCCUGGCUCAGCUCCAGCCGCCGGAGAGAGCGACCAUCUCGGUUGAAAGUCUUCGUCAGCGCCCUAACCUGAUCUCCUCCACGUCGUCUUCGUCAGCUUUAACGCCGUCCUCGACCUCUUCCAUCUCAUCGGUUUCCUCGCUGGCGGGUUUAACUCAACUAUCCGUGCCGCAAAUUGCACUUUUUGGACAAGCACUGUGCACCGAAAUCCCCACAUCAGACAGUGUUAACCCUCAACAAGCGAAAGAACUUUGUUUGUCGUCCAACUGUAAAAAUGACAGAGGAUCGAGGUUUAAAUUUACCUCUGAGGAGUUAGACUACUACCUCUACGGACAGCAGAGAAUGGAAAUAAUUCCACUGAACAAUCACACCGGCGACCCCAAUAAUCGGUGUGACAUGUGUGCGGAUAACCGAAACGGGGAGUGUCCCAUGCACGGCCCCCUGCACUCCCUGCGCCGGCUGGUGGGCACCAGCAGCGCCUCGGCCGCCGUCCCCCCGCCGGACGUCCCGGACUGGCUGCGGGACCUGCCCCGGGAGGUGUGCCUGUGCACCAGCACGGUGCCGGGCCUGGGGUACGGAAUCUGCGCCGCCCAGCGCGUCCCCCAGGGCACCUGGAUCGGGCCCUUCCAGGGCGUCCCGCUGCCGCUGGACAAGGUGCACGCGGGGGCCGCCCGGAACACCCGCCACCUGUGGGAGAUCUACGACCAGGAAGGAACGUUACAGCACUUUAUCGACGGCAACGAGCCGAGCAAGUCGAGCUGGAUGAGAUACAUCCGCUGUGCUCGGCAUUGUGGGGAGCAGAACAUGAUGGUCGUCCAAUACAGGUCGUGCAUAUUCUACAGAGCCUGCAUGGACAUCCCUCGAGGGACGGAGCUCCUCGUCUGGUACAAUGACAGCUACACCUCCUUUUUCGGGAUCCCCCUACAAUGCAUCGCACAGGAUGAGAACCUAAACGUCCCCGCCACAGUCAUGGAGGCCAUGUCCCGGCAGGAGACGCUGCCGCCGUUUGGCAAGACGGGCAAACCGCCGUCGGCGGUCCUGCCGCGCUCCAUGGUGUUCCCCCACUCGCCCUGCGCCCGGAGCUUCUCCAUGAUGGACAAGCCCGGCCAGACGGAGUCCGGCUACAACCAGAUGAGCGCCAAGAACCAGCGCGUGCUGGCCAGCCCCACCUCCACCAGCCAGCUCAGCACCGAGUUCAGCGACUGGCACCUGUGGAAGUGCGGCCAGUGCUUCAAGACCUUCACCCAGCGCAUCCUGCUCCAGAUGCACGUGUGCACGCAGAACCCCGACAGGCCUUACCAGUGCGGCCACUGCUCCCAGUCCUUCUCCCAGCCCUCGGAGCUGCGCAACCACGUGGUGACGCACUCCAGCGACCGGCCCUUCAAGUGCGGCUACUGCGGCCGCGCCUUCGCCGGGGCCACCACGCUCAACAACCACAUCCGCACGCACACCGGGGAGAAGCCAUUCAAGUGCGAACGGUGCGACCGAAGCUUCACGCAGGCCACCCAGCUCAGCAGACACCAGCGGAUGCCCAACGAGUGCAAGCCCAUCAGCGAGAGCAGCGAAUCAAUCGAGGUGGAUUAGCUGAUUGACUGGGCCCGGAAUUAAAAAAAACCCGCACGGAAAAAAAUCAUGAUUAAAUGUCACGGACACUUAAGCAAAAACCAAAGAUUUCCUCGGAGAAACUCUCAAUCAGCCGCAGAAAACCAAAAGCAGUAAUAAAAAAUAAGUAAGAUGUUAAAAGAUAUUGAUCCUGGCAGAGAUAAGAGGCUGGGAUUUGUUGGGAUCAGAGGG